CCUCAAGGUGUACAGGUAGAACCGAACGGAAAACGGUAACGUCGCGCAUAGCAACACGCGAGGGAGACGGAAAUAGGAAGAGGUAGAAAAAGUUCCGAAAACGAUCGUCUAAAGAUACCUGGCAGUACCAACAAAAAAAAAAGUGGGAGAUAAGGGUGAUCGCGGCCGACCGCGGCGGUUUUAUUAGCCGUGCCGACGUUGAAGAGGAGAGUGAGAGAGAGAGCCGUCUCCUGAUCGCGUGUGUGAAGAUCCAACUUCCCGGAGAGGAUGAAAGACACGUGGAUGAGAAGAUGAAGAAAGAUAAUAUCUGAUGGAUGACUGCAUCAAGAAAUAGUUCUUAUACGGAAAGAAUUAAUCACGACAAGAAUUCAUCGGGCACUACAAGUGUAUAAAUUUGGGAUUACAGUGUGAUUACAGCAAGUAAGGAUCGGAGUAACGGGUUCAGCUUUCGCGGCACAACGUAUCACAUUGACUCGAGUGCGAAGGAUCAAAAGACUCGAUCGCAAUCUACGUUGGACUUUUCAUUCAGCUGUUGCGAUUUGUCGAUUGUAAUCGAGCCAGUUCCGGUUUCAAAGGCAGCAGCGUCAUUGUCGGCAGUGACGACGCGGAAACGGAUCCGCGAGGAGCGACGAACUCACUUCCGAACGAUUUGUAAUCCAAAUCGAUACUUAAAAUUGAUUUUACGAUCUGCAAACAAAAUUUGUGACCGUACAAUUCACCAAGUUAGUGUUCAGUAAUUAAUUAAAAGGGUCAACUUUUUGAUUUUGUGUGUGGAGAACCUGAAGGAAUAUAGAACCGUGGCCACCUCAGUCAGAAUUCGUAUCUCCGAGAUCGGCCGAAUUACAGAGAAGAAAGGGAAGAAUAAUAUCGAAUGUGUGAGAAUAAAAGUCAGAGAAAUCAUAGGUGGAGGACAGUGCCCUGAUCGAUCCUGCAUCGAGCGUCGUGGCGCUCGACAUCGCUAUGUGGCGGAGGCGCGUUCUUUGAUUUGUGAUCCCGUGAAAAACGGAGGAAUAUGGAUGCGAUUGAAUGACCGGUGAGAAAUCGAACGAAAAGACGGACCAGAAGCUACGGGAAUCUUAACACGUGCGCAUCUAGUGAUUAAUAGAUUUACUUAGUGGGUGAUAGUGAGAGAGUCGAGGUGAGAUAAGAGCGAUUUUUGGGAGAGGCGGCCGUUGUGGAUACCAGGAUAUGCGAUCUCGGACAAGAUGCCUAGCACGAUAAGAGCCCAGAUCGAGAUAAUCCCGUGCAAGGUAUGCGGGGACAAGAGCAGCGGCGUGCAUUACGGCGUGAUCACCUGCGAGGGCUGCAAGGGCUUCUUCAGGCGGUCGCAGUCGUCGGUCGUCAACUAUCAAUGUCCGCGGAACAAGAAUUGUGUGGUCGACCGUGUAAACAGAAACCGGUGCCAGUACUGUCGGUUGCAAAAGUGCCUACGCCUCGGCAUGUCAAGAGAUGCCGUUAAAUUUGGGCGCAUGUCGAAGAAACAACGGGAGAAGGUCGAAGAUGAGGUCAGAUUCCACAGGGCGCAAAUGAGGGCGGCCUCGGAGACGGCGCCGGACAGCAGCGUGUUCGAGCAUCAGACGCCGAGCAGUUCGGAUCAACAUCAUCCCUAUAAUGGCGGGUACACGUACGGCGGUAGCGAAUACACGUCGUCAGGCCCCGGCACCGGCAGUUACACGAAUUACAAUCAUCAAGCGAUGACGAAUUAUGAGCUUAGCGCCGACUACGUCGACAGCACGACGACCUACGAUCCCAGACCGACGCAGACGCAGGUCGCGGACACCGUCGCGCCCGACACACCCUCGGCCGUCACCGCGACCGGGGUGCUUCCCAGUGUGGUCACUACCGAUCCGGCACAGAUCAGUGAGCUUCUCUCGAAAACGAUAGCGGACGCACACGCAAGGACGUGCCUGGUGUCGACGGAACAGAUCCAGGAGUCCUUCCGGAAGCCCACCGACAUCUCCCGAAUGAUCUACUACAAGAACAUGGCGCAUGAGCAGCUCUGGUUGGAGUGCGCCCAAAAGUUGACCACCGUCAUCCAGCAGAUCAUCGAGUUCGCCAAAAUGGUCCCUGGAUUCAUGAAGCUCUCGCAGGACGACCAGAUUGUUUUAUUAAAGGCCGGUUCCUUCGAGUUGGCUGUGCUACGAAUGAGCAGGUACCUCGAUCUCCAGCAAAACUGCGUUCUAUACGGCGACACCUUGCUACCGCAAGAGGCGUUUUAUACGACGGAUACGGCGGAAAUGAAGCUUGUUUCCUGCGUGUUCGAGCUGGCCAGAAGCAUCGCCGAACUGAAGCUCACCGAAACCGAGUUGGCGCUCUAUAGCGCGGCUGUUCUACUUAGCCCUGAUCGACCGGGACUGAAGUGCCUGGGAGACAUCAAUAGGCUGUCGCAGGCGGUGAUCAGAGCGUUGAGGUCGGAACUGGAUCGGAACCACGUGACGCCGAUCAAGGGCGAUGUGACCGUGUGCGACGCGAUUCUCGCGAAGAUACCGCAGCUACGGGAGAUCUCGCUGCUGCACAUGGACGCGCUGGCGAAGUUCAAGCGGUCGCAGCCGCACCUCGAGUUCCCGGCCCUCCACAAGGAGCUCUUCAGCGUCGAUAGCUGAACGAGCGACGCGGCGCGGAACGUCGUCCCGGCGCUGCCGAGCAAACAGGAGCGCGAGUAGCGUCCCCGGACCUUGCUCGGUCAAGAUUAUUUCCUUCGUAAUGAACGUAUUGGGCCUUAAAUAAACAUAAAAAAAAACAUUGUUAUAUAUAAAAUAUACAUAAAAAAGCAACAUAAAGUAUAUAUACAGA